GCAGGUGGAAAGACAGACAGCGAAUGGACAGGGACAUCGCGGCGCCUGCGCGUAAUGACGAUAUUCUGUUUAGAGUUCUACCACAAAUCAACAAGAGGAUCGACAUUAAACUAAGUGGGAUCAUUAAACAAGGGGGAAGAUGAACAAUCGCCUCUCUCAAAGCAAAUGACAGGAUCAUUUAUGAAAUGGCAACAAAGGAAUGAACAAAAGUCAUGAGUUACACACUGAAGAAAAGAGAGGGAAAUAAACACAAAGUGGAACAAAGUGGGCCGAAAGGAGAGGAAGUGAGAAAGAAAGAGGAAGAGAAACACAUCUACAGACAGAGGGGUUAUUAGAGCAACUGUUCAUCAGUUUACACUGCAGGUUGAGAAACGUCACACUCCUCGUGGGUUUAACCACUAGGCGUACUAUUAUGACAACUCGUGUUAGUGUGCUAUGAUCUCAAAUUCUACUAUGGCCACCACUACCACUUCAAGGAUGAGUUGUUUGAAACGUGUCAUAAAACGUGUCAUCUGUCAUUUCUUCUGAUACUGCAAGUCAUUCUAUAGACAGUCUAAUGAUCUUCUACAUUUAGAUUUACAUUUAGGUCAUUUAACAGAGGCUCUUAUCCAGAGUAACACAAGUCUUCCAUCCUAAAAAAUACAUUUCAAAAACGUGUUGAGAAGGGGAGUUAACCCGUAUAUUUUCUGAUAAGUGCAGUUUGAAUUGGAAUGCCACGCCUUAUCUCUCCCACCCAGCACUUCUUUCUAGUGAUACAGCUACUUUUCAGCCAGACACUCUCAAAUACUCAAAACAACUAUCAAGAGGGAUAGAGAGCGAGGGAGAAAGAGAGGGAGAGAGAGAGAGAGGGAGAAAGCGAGGGAGAGAGAGCGAGGGAGGGCGUAUAGAAAAGUAAGACGAGUCAGAGGAUAGAAAAAGGGUCUCUUUGAAUACAGUCACCCACUAACCCCACAUUAAUAAGACAACAAGAACAGUCCUUUGAGUGACAGUUAAACAGGCAGCCAGUCAGUCAGGCAGAGCAGGGAGUCAGCCAGGCAGGUAGCUAUCAGUCGGUCAGCCAGCCAGCCAGUCAGAGCAAGGACUCAGUCAGCCAGGCAGGUAGCUAGCCAGCCAGUCAGCCAGCCUGUUAAUCAGGGAGGAUGCUGGGAUGCGGUGGGGGUGGAGUGGGGUUGCGGUACAGGCUGACCCUGGCCACAGGGCUGGUUGAGUGUCUGUGUUUUGCCGGCGUGGUCUUCGGCUGGGCAUCGCUGGUCUUCGUCCUGAAGACAGACGGAUACUUCACUGACCUGUGUGUCAAUCGGACUACUGGACCCAACAGUACAGUGGAAACAGUGGACAGGAUGAACAGUUCUCCCUGGUCUUCAUCAUCCCUAAUCUCUCUCCCCUUCCCUCAAUCUCUCUCUGACUGUAGUGGACAGGAUGAACAGUUCUCCCUGGUCUUCAUCAUCCCUAAUCUCUCUCCCCUUCCCUCAAUCUCUCUCUGACUGUAGUGGACAGGAUGAACAGUUCUCCCUAAUCUCUCUCUCAGACUGUAGUGGACAGGAUGAACAGUUCUCCCUAAUCUCUCUCUCAGACUGUAGUGGACAGAAUGAACAGUUCUCCCUAAUCUCUCUCUCAGACUGUAGUGGACAGGAUGAACAGUUCUCCCUAAUCUCUCUCUCAGACUGUAGUGGACAGAAUGAACAGUUCUCCCUAAUCUCUCUCCCCAUUCCUCCAUCUCUCUCUCAGACUGUAGUGGACAGGAUGAACAGUUCUCUCUUGUCUUCACUGUCACCUCCUUUAUGAACAACUUCCUCACGCUUCCCAACGGAUUCAUCUUCGACCGCUUCGGCACCAUGGCAACGAGGCUUCUGGGAAUAUGUCUCUACACCACUGGUACACUGAUGGUUGCCUUCUCCAGUUCAGCUCUGUCCAUGCUGCUGUUCCCAGCCCUGUCUUUCAUCGCAGUGGGAGGUAUAUUGUUCCUCAUCACAAACAUACAGGUUGGGAACCUAUUUGGCUCCCAUCGUUCCACCAUUAUCACCCUCUAUAAUGGAGCCUUCGACUCUUCCUCGGCUAUCUUCCUCAUCAUCAAGGUGAUGUAUGAAGGAGGGGUCUCCCUCCGCUCCUCCUUCCUCAUUCUCUCUGUCUGCAGUGUCAUCCACCUCCUCAGGACGUUCUUCCUCAUGCCCAACACCCACAUUCCCUACCCACUCCCUGAGGGCUUCACCUAUGGCGUAAGCCCUGGAAAGUCCAACAGCUACAACGUAGAGGAGAUUGAGAAGACGCAAGAGACGGGGAUGACAUCAGAGGGGGAGGGGCUAGCUGAGACUGACGACAUGCCCCUACAGCCUGAUGAUGGGCAGCAGUCGGAAGACUCUGGGAAAGUGGCCAGUUUCAGGAGCUGUGUGCAGUCGUGGUUCUUCCUGUGGCAUCUGGUGUGGCUGUCUGUCAUGCAGCUGAGACACUACCUCUUCAUCGGAACACUGAACCCCAUGCUCAACCGGUUGGCCGACAACGACUCAGCCCUGGUGAGUCAGUACACCAAUGCCUUUGCCUUCACCCAGCUGUGUGGGGUCCUCUGUGCUCCCUGGAACGGCCUCAUCAUGGACAGACACAAGGGGAAGCCUCUGGCUCCAGGAGAAACAGAUAAGGAGGCAGACCUGCGCUCCUCCUCUCUCUCCCUCUUCCUCACCUCCCUCCAGUGCCUCCUCUUCUCCAUCUGCGCCUCCUCUCCUCUUCUCCCUCUUCAGUACCUCACCUUCAUCCUGCAGGUCCUCAACCGCUCCUUCCUCUACGGAGGCAACGCAGCCUUCAUCAGCAUGGCUUUUCCUGGGGUCCACUUUGGGAAGCUGUAUGGUUUGGUGAUGUCUCUGUCUGCCGUGGUGUCACUGCUGCAGUACCCCUGUUUCGCCCUGGUCAAAGGAGCCCUAGGUGGAGACCCCUUCUAUGUGAACAUCGCUCUGACUCUCCUCACUCUACUGGCGUUCAUCCAUCCAAUCAACAUCUUCUACCACUGCAGGAAACUGACCAAUCAGAGGGAGGAUAUGGCCGGCGGUGCUGCCAUCACAUUGGCUGAGGCCAAAAUGUAGGGCACAUUACAUGAUGGUCCUGAGCCAAGGGAAACAGGAAUUGUCUUAUUUCUAAUUGUUUAAAGGGAAUAUGUGAAUAUGUAAAAUAAUAAAACGCUUUUUUAUUCUUAUGUUUUACAGUAAUCCCAUAUUCCAUCAGUAUGUUUUGUUGGAUAGUUGUCAAUAAAAAUGAUUAUCCAUUA